CUUGAGGGAGGUGGAGCUGGCCCGCCUCGGGACCUUGGUUCCGGAGACGACUCUCGCCCCGCCCCGUUCUGCCCAGUCCUGUAGCGCGUAGUCAGGCUGGGAAGCUGUCAGUCAUGGCCCUGUCCUUACGCCUGUGGCGUCUUCUCCCUCUGCGACGCGGAGCGGAGCGGAGCGUCUGUCGGCUGACGAGGACCUGGGGCAGCCGUGGGCGCUGGGGCGCCCGGGAAGUCCGUGCUUCCGAGGUGGUAGGAAACACAAGACCUUUCAAGAGAGGCCUUUUAUUGUCAGCCUUGUCUUACUUGGGUUUUGAGACCUACCAAGUCAUUUCUCAGGCUGCUGUGGUUCAUGCCGCAGCCAAAGUUGAAGAAAUACUUGAGCAAGCAGACUACCUCUAUGAAAGUGGAGAAACAGAAAAGCUCUAUCAGUUGCUCAUACAGUACAAGGAAAGUGAAGAUGGAGAGCUACUGUGGCGUCUGGCACGAGCAUCACGUGACAUAGCACAGCUUAGUAAGACUUCAGAAGAAGAAAAGAAAGUUUUGGUGUAUGAAGCUCUAGAGUAUGCAAAAAGAGCACUAGAGAAAAAGGAGUCAAGCUUUGCUGCCCAUAAGUUUUUGAAGGUGGUUUCCAGUCUCCAUGUUCUCUGUCCCACAAGAUCUAAAAGCUUGAAGCAAGGCAGCUUAUCCACUCUGGGAUAUAGGCAAGCAAAGGUGGGUCAGGAACAUAUGUCCAAAACAGCUAUCCAGUCAGUGUUGUCCGGGUACUCUGAAAGCUCAUGUCAGCAUCAUUCUUUUUCCCAGUAUCAGCAUGUCACACCAAUCACUCUGGCAGCUACCACACCCCUUCAGCAUCCUGGGGGAAAAAUACAAACAUGCCCUCUUUGCCAUAUUAAAUACCUGAUCAGGACCAUGCCAGUGCCAGUAUGUGGAUCCUUCUACUUCACCUAGGCAUAAGGUUGUAGAGUGCCAUAGACACUAAGAGAGUUCCUUGGCAUCCAUAUUUCAAAAUUUCAAAGUAAAAACAACAUGAUUUAAAUAAAUUUGUAGUGUACAAGUAUGUAACUCCCCCUUUUUAUUUUAUGAAGAUAUUGUUUUAAAGUUCUACAAUACCUGUUUCACAAUACUUUGUCCUUGAGGAUAAUAAGGAAUCCCAGUAAUAUGGGUAAUGUUAAAUCGUCAAUAAAACAUUUCAAAUACUUGACUGUAAUAGCCAGUUCUAUUAUCUGACUUGGAACAACUAGCACAGAAAAAUAUAGGCAAUGACUAAUUACAUUUUUAGUUGCUUCUCCUGUUAAAGCAGUUGUAACUAGAAAGCCUGAAAUGGUGUCAAUAGUCACAUGCACAUAUUUUAAUUUUCCAAAGUCAGAAAUAAGUACCAUCCACUUGCCAUAAUUGAUUAGGUAUAAGUACUUGAGAAUUAAUACCAUUAUGUGCUACAGGUAGAAAUUGAGGACAUUUAGGACAAGUCUUUAUAAUUUGAUGUACAUAUUCUCUAGAAAUAUCAAAUUGUUGUAUCAAGCUAUUACUAUUUUAAUGAUGUAAAGAAUGAGACUGCUUGGCUAGUAUACCUAUAAUCUGUCUGGUAUACAAAUCUGAUGUGGCAUUGCUCUCACUAAGGGGUCCUGGAAAUACAGUAUGAGCUAUUAAAUGUCAUAUAAAAUAAGGAACAGUACAUUCUCUUAAAUUCGUUUAGCAUAUAACUGAGGCCCCAAAUACUAAAAGAGAUAGUGCUUUUGAAUCUUAUCUGGAGCAAAAACUACUCCAAAAUUUUAAAGCUCAUUGUAUAAGAGCAAAGGCUUGUAGUAAAACUCAUCAGGAGUUUGUUUGAUAUCAGAUAAAUUCCCACUGAUAUCUCCUUUCUGAUCUUGGGAGUGAGGGAUUAAAUUUGCUUCUACCUCUGUAUCCAAUAAAACUUGUUUAAAAAAGAUGCAGCAGGCCCAUACUAGCACAGCUGUCUUUAACUUUUUUUACUUUUGCAAUCAUUCUAAUUACUAAACUUUGGAAAUCAAUACCAAAUUUAAACCGUGUAAACAAUCUAUUCUCUUUAA